AUGCUGCUCGAGCAGCAGCGAGAAGAGCUGCAGAAGAAGAGGAAGCAAGAGAGGCUCGUCACAUCGCCGAUGCUGCUCGAGCAGCAGCGAGAAGAGCUGCAGAAGAAGAGGAAGCAAGAGAGGCUCGUCACAUCGCCGAUGCUGCUCGAGCAGCAGCGAGAAGAGUUGCAGGAGAAGAGGAAGCGAGAGAGGCUCGUCGCAUCGGCGAUGCUGCUCGAGCAGCAGCGAGAAGAGUUGCAGAAGAAGAGGAAGCGAGAGAGGCUCGUCGCAUCGGCGAUGCUGCUCGAACAGCAGCGAGAAGAGUUGCAGAAGAAGAGGAAGCGAGAGAGGCUCGCCGCGUCGCCGAUGCUGUUCGAGCAGCAGCGAGAAGAGCUGCAGAAGAAGAAGAAGCGAGAGAGGCUCGUCGCCAGUCAGACGUUGAGAGGCACCGCGCAGCACGUUCUGAAGAGUCAGCAGAACAACGCCAGGCGCGGCUCGACCUCGACAAUGUCCGUCACCUUCGUUCCCGCGUUGUCAACGUCAACUCCGAUCCUGCGGAGCCCAGGGUGCGUGGCGCUCGACCGGAGGCACUGCCUCCUUGGCAAGUCUUCGAGCACGCCAUGCAGGGCCUACACUGGGACUACUGCGACAGCUGCAACGUGA